AUGUCUCCUCCACACGACGACCAUCCCCCCUCUCUCGUCCCGCUCACCACCCUCGAGUCCACCCUCUACCGCAACCUCUACCCCUACGACUUGUCUCUCGACGACAAUUCCUAUUUCUUUCCAUCCAUGCCCGAGCCCCUACCGCCCGACGUCCCCUUAUCCCUCCCCGCGUCUGAUCCCAACCCAGAGUCCUCUGACGAUCCCCCCGCAUUAUCUCCCGAGGCUCAACCCCAGCCAGAGGAACCCUCGUCCUAUCCGUGUCAGUGGAUCGAAUGCGACCGUAUUUUUUCUGAUCCCGAGGCUUUGUACAACCAUUUGUGCAACGACCAUAUCGGUCGCAAAAGCACCGGCAAUCUCUGUCUGACUUGCAAGUGGAAGGAGUGCGGCACCACCUGUGCAAAGCGUGACCACAUUACCAGUCAUCUCCGAGUCCAUACACCUCUGAAACCUCAUGUGUGCACAAUUUGCAAGAAACCCUUCAAACGUCCUCAGGACCUCAAGAAACACGAGAAGAUCCACACCGAGGAGCAUCACGCCCAGCACAAGCACUCCAAAGCGAUCACUGUUGUCGACAACACGUAUUCGUCUCGCGUCCUCGGUGAGCCUUCCGAGGAGAAACCUAAAGCGGUUCCUUCCCCGGCAAACUCACGCGGAUCAGACAAUGCUCCUGUCGCGCGAGCCAAGUCCGGUUCCGUAUCCGUUUCCGAGCGUUCUUCUGACUUCGCUGUGUUGCCCACGCCCUCUCCAGAAAUUGAGCAUGCUCCAGUUCACUACCGCCAGACCGAAAUCCCAGACUCCAAACGCCACCUCUAUCACAUGCCGAACACGCUCCCAACGUGGGAAGUCCUCGCAACUGAUGGCACCACAGCCCGAGCCAGCGGUGGUGCGAAACGAAGCCACGGCGACUAUAUGGAUGACUUCUUCACGGACGUUAAGAAGCGCCGUGUCAAUCCAGCCUACGACCCUCGUAUGGCAGACCGUCUGAAUACGCUCGCAUACCAGCAUGCCGUGAGCGCGAACGCUCAGGGUUCUCACAGCGGCUCCCUGCCGCCCGGCAGUUCCAUGUUUAAUCCCCGUUCUGUCUCCUUCGAUAUCCGUAGCCCUGAAGAACUCGCCGCUGUCAACGACUUUCUAAUCACUCUUGGGCGGGACGUUGCCAACGGCGGCAGCGCGCAGCGGCAGCAAACCGUGCAGCAUCCAUUGUCGCAGCAGCAACACGCACCAUUGCCAUCGUUGUCACAUGCUACGGGAUCCUCAGGCGUCUCUUCGACCGCUCAGUCAUACUUCGAUGCAGCGAGCCUCAGCCAAAUGGGUCUUGCUGGUAUGCCUGGCAUUCCUGCUGCACCCGGUCCGGGGUCUGGUGCCGAGUAUCACGGCGAGUCUGGAUACUACUCUGUGGACUUCUCAGCACAAAAUCUUCCGCCUGCGUACCCUAGUAGGGCGUCCCACCAGUCCGUGCAGUCCGUGCAAUACGAGACGUAUCCGAAUGCCCAGGAUUCCUCUCUAUAUCCUGCUAUACAGCCUUCGGGCCCGAGAAUACGCGGACAGCGCAUGUCAUCUGGGUCGGACGAUUGCUACGUCGGUACUUCCGCCGCAUACAGUGCUCCCAUCGAACCUCAGGCGGUUCCCCACCCGAAUGCAUAUGCGCACUACAUAACGCCGCCGCUUGAGGGUGGAGUACAUCCCGGGGCGUCGCCGCUCUCAUCACAUUCGUCGACGUCCACUCCCCCGAACGCGACGCCCCCGAAUGCACACUUGAGUCUUCCGAUGUUCUCUAUCGCUCCCGAGACCGCUGCGAUGUUCGACUACCUGCGUCCCAACCGCCCAUCACCCCCCGUAGUGCAACUCGGGCCGGUGGACUACGUGGGGAAGAGCAUGCGCACAGUGCUCCCACUGAGGAGCGUGCCAGGCAGUGUCGUUGCCAGUCGACCAGAACCUGUCGAGCCCAAGCUAUGCACAGGAAGCGUGCACAGAGGCCCGCCCGCAAAGCUCACCGCAGAAGCGGUGUCUUCCCUCUCUUCGCCCGCCUCGCUCGCGCUCCGCCGAUCUUCCUCAUCGUCCACGUCCUCGCGCCCAUCCACGUCAGCGUCUUCCUCCUCGACAUCACGCACGGACUGUCCGCUCUACCCGUUCAUCACCUCUGGUGACGUCCGGUACAAGCUCCCGCCGCUCAGCUUGCGUUACCGCUCCCCCUCCCCGCCGCUCUCCUCCCCGUCCAUCCCCUCUCGAGCGUCCACGCUCUCCCCGACCCCGCACCAUCCUGUCUCGCACGCGCGCUCUCGCGACGACUCCGCGACGCCCACGCCCAGCUCGAGCGCGAGUUCAUGUUCGACCCCGCUGCGCUCGCCGUCGCCCACACGCGCCCCGCCGAUCCUGCCGAGCAUACGUGCGAUCACGUCAGGCGCGCAGCCCGCGUCGGAGCAGCUCUCGCGCGCGGUUGGGCGCAUCGAGCUCGCGCGCGACAGCCGUAGCAUUUCACCCGCGCAGCGCGAGGCGCACGCGCGGCUCCUGCGCGACCUGCUCGUGUCGAUCAACGUCGAAUACCAGCGCAAGUUCGGGACGCCCAAGGUGCGCCCGAAAGUGCUCGAGGAGGUGCGGGAUGUCGACAUGGCGGUCGCAUAG